CCUACUACCACAAAGAGUGUAUGGAGCCGAUACAAAAUCACCCGCAUCAUCCAAAACAUUCUCUCCGACUUCAAGCUAAUUAUUCGACCCAUAAAACUUGUGCUUACUUGCCAUCCAUCAUAAGAAUAUCACGUCAUGAACACCGCCUCUCUUUCACUUCUUCACUAACUCCUGAAAAAUGGUUGUGUGGAGUGUGUCGUGGGAAGAUAGACACAAAUUAUGGAAGAUAUUAUUGCGUCAAGGGUUGCAUUUAUGGUGUUCAUUCUAAAUGUGCAACCAGAAAAGAUGUAUGGGAUGGAAAAGAACUUGAUGGACAACAAGAAGAUCCAUAUGAAGAUAUUAUUAAGUCGUUCGAUGAGAUAAGUGAUGGAAUCAUACGACAUUUCAGUCAUCAAAAUCAUCAUAUGAGACUCGACGAUGAGACCAAUAGAAAAUUUGACGAGAACAAACGUUGUCAAGCAUGCACACUUGCUAUCUGUGAUGAAAUUAUUUACAGCUGCAUGCAAUGUGAUUUUAUCCUCCAUCAAGAAUGUGCCCAUCUUUCUCGUAAGAAACAACAUGCGACGCAUCCUCAUCCCCUUAGGCUACAAGUGGAUGAUAUAGAGGAUUCACUCAUAUGUGAAGCUUGUAAGCGUGAAAGCAAUGGGUUCGCAUACUUGUGUUGUGAGGAGAGAUGCGAUUUCAUAUUAGACGUACGUUGUGCUUCUUUAUCCGAGACAUGUGAUCGUCGAUGUCAUCCACAUCCCUUGUUUCUUACAUCUGACCCUCAAACUUCACAAAGUUGUUCGAUUUGCAAUAAACUUAGACGCCAUCGUCUAAACUGUGGAGAAUGUGGUUUUGUCAUGUGUUUUAAAUGUGCAACAUUACCUAAUAAGCUAAGGUACAAGCAUGAUGAACAUUUUCUCAUUUUUUCUUAUGAUAAGAAAGUAAAGGGUCAGUAUUUGUGUGAUGCUUGUGAAAAAGAAGCUGAUCCGAAUAAAGGGAUUUAUAUGUGCAAGAAUUGCAAUGUCAUACUGCAUAUUAAAUGCUUACUUGGAGAUAAGGUCAUGUAUAUGAUGCCUGGUAAAAGAAUCAUCUUUCGUCAAUUAAAGAUUGAUAUUCUUCUCAAUAAUCGUCUUACUCGCGACAUAUGCAGCCAAUGCAAUAAACGUUGUAAAAAUAAAGUCGUCUACAAAAUAUUUGAUAGAGAAAUAUUAUGCUCUUUUUGCUGUGUGUUAAAUCGUAAACCUUAAUGUGAUAGUAUUAUAUUGUUCUUUAUCCACUUUUCUCUUCAUAACGAAUGUAUUAUUUGGUCAUAAAUUUAAGUGUACACGACCUUUUUCCAAAACCAUUCAAAGAUAAUUGAACUAUCGCAUAAUCAUAUCUCCUAUUGGACAAAAUCUUACAUCAUGUUUGGUGCAUGCCCUAUUUACUCAGAACAGAUACUU